AUGGCAACAAACGUAGUAUUCAACAAUGACCAACAAAUGUACGUACCAGUUUCAAUGGUUGCACCAAUUUCGACGAUUGUUAUACAGAUUCCCGUUCCACAAAUGCAAUACGUCAAUCAUUCGAAUACUGUCUGUAUGCAUUGUGGUCGAAACAAUCAAUCCGAUUCUACGGAUGAAAAAGAAAAGGAAAAGACCACGGAUGAUGUUAUUUUCAUUGAAGAAAAACAUUCGGCUACAAAUGAUGUUAUUUUUGUCAAAGAAGAAAAAUCUGAUGUUCCCGAACUCUUGAAUAAUAUACAAAACGAAGAAUACAUCAUGAAUUUAGACGUCGACGAGAGAAAUUGUCAGCAAAAUACUAAUCAAUGGUCAAAUGUGUAUUCACCUAUUUCUUUUAACGAGCCGUUCAAUGUAGAAAGAAGUGAAGUACCUUUUUCUCAAACACACGAUGCAUUUUUUGAUACCCUUUUCCGAACAUGUUAUGAUGAUAUUGGUGAGCUCGUAGAAUAUUUAAAAGAGGACAUGUAG